AUGAUUUUGCCUGUUGCUGUUCUUCUGGGUCUUGCGCUCCGCGGUGUUGCUUGCGCGGGCGAUCACUUGCAUGCUCGUGACGUCCAUGUUCAUGAACGUUUGAACAAGCGUGAAUACCCACAGGUUCCAAUCACACCUCCCUACCGUCCUCUCGUCUGGGGAGAUUUCAAUGUGAUCCACACCACCGACACCCAUGGCUGGUUACUCGGCCACCAGAAGCUGUCAUUCCCUGAACCAGACUAUAGUGGGGAUCUUGGAGAUUUUGCCAGUUUCGUAACGCAUAUGAAGAACAUCGCCAUCAAAAAGGACGUCGACCUCCUUUUGGUAGACUCGGGGGAUCUACAUGACGGAACUGGGCUUUCUGAUGGUUACCCCCCCGGUGGUGUCGACGCGCACGAGUCAAACAAGUUUCUCGAACGCCUUCCAUACGAUGUCAUGACUAUCGGAAAUCAUGAACUGUACAUCUAUGCGGAUACAUACGACAUGUGGGUUCUGAAUAUUCUGAGGAAAAUUCAGACUGACAAUGUCUUCUUCUGCAUCGAUUUUGUUUUCCUUUGCGAUGUCUAUAUUUUGUUCAAUCACCACCUUCUGUACACGAACUUUGUCCCUCAUCUUGGUGAGCGGUACUUGUCUUCUAAUGUCAACAUCACUGUUUUCAAUUCGGAUGGCGAGCCUGAGAGUGUUCCAGUCGGCAACCGCUUCACCAAGUUCACCACACGGAAAGGCCGUCGCAUCACUUCUCUUGGAGUCCUGUAUGAUUUUACUGGAAAUGACGUGAACACGACUGUACAAACUGUGGCUGAUAUGGUCAAUGAGCAAUGGUUCGCCGAGGCCAUCGCGGAAGAACCUGAUGUGUUUGUACUUAUUGGCCACAUGCCAGUUUCCUUUGAUAACUGGCCUACUGUGUUUGACGCUGUUCGAGCUGUGCACCCUUUGACACCCAUCUUAAUCUUUGGAGGACAUAGCCACAUCCGUGAUUGUCAACAGUAUGAUAGUCGUUCUAUGGCUCUCGAGAGUGGACGCUACAUGGAGACAAUCGGCUGGAUGAGUGCGGAUCUUGAAGCUGCCACGGGCAACGCCAACAACAUUUCUUUCACAAGGAGAUAUCUGGAUCAGAACCGUGUGACUUACGAGUACCACACCCAAAUGUCAAACCAAACAUUUGACACUGCCUACGGGCGCUCGAUCACCGAUGGCCUGCAGGAGCUUGCGGUCAGCUUUGAUUUAUCCUAUCUGUAUGGAACAUCCCCACAAGAUUAUACCAUCAACCAGAACCCAUAUCCCUCUAAUGGAUCCCUUCUAUCUCUUUUUAUUGCAGAUGCUAUCCCAUACGCUCUCUCCAUCAACAACACGCGUGAUUCCAUCCCAGCCAUAUUUAUCACCAACUCAGGAUCUCAACGCUUCAACGUCUUCCAGGGACCAUUCACCAAGAACGAUCAGCUCACAGCUUCCCCAUUCACGGAUUCAUUCCUGUAUAUCUCCAACGUCUCAUUUAGCAUCGCAAACCAGGUCCUUCCAGCUUUGAACAAUGCGGGCGCAGAUGAGAAACGGAAGCGAGAUGAGAUUGAAAAGGAACUUUGGAGCCGUGGGGUUGUUGAUACUCGGUACAAAGCCUGGUUAGAGGAGAUGGAUCGACGUGCUGGAAUUGGUAGACGAGAAGCAACGACAGGCAAUUUGACGCUUGGAUAUGUCACUGCUGAUUCAUGCCCUGGUGCCGGAGACGACACGCUGCACUUGGCGUUACCCUACUAUUCGGUUCCAGACUUUAUCGGCUCGAAUCCUCCUAACGUGGCCGACGACACGCCUAUUGAUCUUGUCUUCGUCGACUUCAUUGAAGCACAACUCCUUGGCAUUCUCAACGGCUUGCAGAAUGCGCAGAACUACACCACCGCUGAUGUUUCGCUGUACAGCCCAACGCUGGCUAACGCAGCACUGGGCAUGUAUGCUCAAGGUGUGUGGAACUGACUGAACGGCCAGUAGUAUGCCUAUGCUGUGAUCGUAUUUACCUCUUCUCCACAAUCACCUGGCAUCUUCUUGUUAUCUACAAGAGUACAUUCUGAGUCAAUGACACUUGGGUUGUAUACCUCGAAGCCUUGCACAUUUCAUGCCAACUCCCAGUAUUC